AUGCAGAGCAGGAUAGAUGUAUGUGUGUCGAGGAAAAUCAUGAAGAUCCCUUCCAUUUUGAAGAAGCCCAAGCAGCGGCUGCAACAAUGGCAAUGGCCAGCAGCAAGAGCCUCGUGCAAGCACCCCAGGACCCUUUCUUUCCGAGCUGCUGGAGGCCGAUCCGCCGACGAUGUCUACAAGACCCUCAACUCAGUCUUCCUCGACCCCUCCACCUCCUUCCAUCAUGAAACCCCCGAUUCCUGGUGGACGACGACCUUCACCAACACUUGUACUACUACUACUACUACUACUACUAACAAUAACAAUAACAAUAAUUCCUCCGACUCUGGUCAUGGUCAUGAUCAUGACCAGUCGUCCUCCAUUGAGACAAUCAUCCGGCGGGUCAAGCUGUCGUCGGACCGGCUCUUCUUCAAGCCCGAGCGGACCAGCUCCAUCCUUGACAAAGCUCAUGAUCAGAUAGAGUUAGAAUUAGAAGCAGAAGAAGCAGCGAUCAGGACGGCAUCAUCAAGGACAUCAUCAUCAUCAGAUGAAGAUGAUGAUGAUCUGCUGGUGCUGCUGCCGCCAUUCAAGGAGAGCGUGGCCCUAGCGGUGGAGUCGGAGGACCCGUACACGGACUUCAAGAGAUCGAUGCAGGAAAUGGUGGAGACCCACGGGCUGGUCAAGGACUGGGACUGCCUGGAGGAGCUGCUGGGCUGGUACCUCCGGAUGAACGCCCACGCCAACCACGCCCUCAUCGUCGCCGCAUUCCUCGACUUGCUGCUCCUGCUGCAGCACCAGCACCAGCACCAGCACCGACUAGCAGCUGUAGACAGCGCUACUACUUCAUCGGAUCUCACGUCCUGCUACUCUUCUGCGGAGUCCUGCUUCUCAUCACCGGGGGAUCACCAUCAUCAGCUGGAUCGUCCUCAUCAUUUGGGAGUGGGGGAUAAUUAUAUUGACGAGGAUCAUGUGGAUGUACUACUUGGAGGAGCUGCAGCAGGUGGCCGCUAGCUGGGUGUAAUACGUUGUAACUUGCAUUGUACAUUACUAAUUGAUUGGUCGAUUCAUUAAUUAAUGAGAAUCACAUGACAUGAACUUCAAACGCAUCAGCCGUGUCCGUGUGUGUGUGUGUAUUCAUUGCAGGAACCAACACUACUACUGCAGGUGACUACCGUACGUAUGUAUGUAUGGUAUUUUUGUUGGUAGCCAACGACGACUACCCAUACUAGCUCGGUCGGUCUUAGGGUUGAAGAAGAAACCAGUGGGGGGGCGGGGGCGGGGCGGGAUAUAGAUGUAUUAUUUGUUAAUCACCAUGACAUGACAGACACAGCCGCACUGCUGGAUUAGCUUAACUUAGCUAGCUAGUGGCGCCAUUGCUUGCUUGCUUGAGUCGAAUCAACUUGGAUCAUGCCAUGUCCGCUAUAAAGUCUGGAUUGCAGAUAGACAGACAGACAGAUAGAUAGUGUGCAAGAGGGGGAGGGCAGGCAGGCAGAGGUUGAGAAAGGUGAGGGUACGAACAAACCGAAGCAAAGCAAAGCCAGCCAGCAAAAGGGACCCCAACCCCAACCCCAACCCCAUUUGGUACCUACCUUCCUACCAACCUAAUUCUCAACCGCUUCCUCCUCCUGCCAAUAUACACUCUGGUGCAAUGAAUGCUACAUGUGUAGUGUUUGACAAGGAAACACCAGCAGCAGACACUGAGGAGACUCC